CUGUGCGUUACAUCACUCCCCACGACAUUCACAUCUCGACAUGAUGGCAGCAACAGCCGCCAGAAGAGGUGCCAUCCGGCUGCUCACCAGCUCAUCGCGCCCAUCAUCCCGCAGCUUCUCCUCAUCCCGCAUCAGCGCCGCCUUCGCCAGCACACCAAAAGCCCAAGCAACGUCGACCACCACCACCACCACCGCCGCCGCAAAGCCCGCCACCACGUCCGCCUCAGCCUACAAGUCCGCAGCCCCAGCCGCACAAAGAACAGUAACGCCCUCCUUCCCCGCCAAAGAACCCCCCGUGCCCACAACUCGCAACACCACCGCCGCCGCCGCCACCACGGGGCAGCGCUCCCUGACCGACGGCCUAUCCGACGCGCCCUCCGAAAUCGAAGGCGUCGCAGCACAUGACUGGACGCGCUCCUACCACGGGCUAGGCAGCGUGUCGUUCUCCAAAGAGCAGGCUGACACGCUGCUUGCGCCUGUGGACGGCAAUGAUGUGGAGGUUAAGCCUGAUGGGAUACUGUAUCUGCCGGAGAUCAAGUAUAGGCGGAUAUUGAACAAAGCGUUCGGGCCGGGGGGUUGGGGAUUGGCGCCAAGGGGGGAGAGUAUUGUUACUGGGAAGUUAGUUACGAGGGAGUAUGGGAUGGUUGUUCAGGGCCGGUUGGUCUCGAUAGCCCGCGGCGAGCAGCAGUACUUCGAGCCAGACGGUAUCCCUACGGCGACUGAGGGGUGCAAAUCUAACGCCCUGAUGCGCUGCUGUAAAGAUUUGGGCAUUGCGAGUGAGCUGUGGGAUCCAAGGUUUAUUCGCGAGUUCAACAACAAGUACACAAAGGAGGUUUGGGUCGAGCAUCAGGCGACUAAGAAGAAGAGGAAGAUUGUGAUUAGGAAGGAUGAUACUGUCAAGUACCCAUUCAGGGAGAGUAAGAUGGGCGCAUAGAUGGGUUGGGUGUCACACUAUGAAAGAGCGAUAGAUGAUAAAGGCACGGAAUGGUUAUGCAUAGCCAGGCAUUUUGGAUUGAGCGAACGACUUGUAUAUAUACUGUAACAUAUGGAGCUGUAAGUGCACGCCAAGUAGUAGGAUUAUCAACGGUAAUUAACUGAAG